AUGGCACCGACUCUUGGGAAGCGAAAGCGAGAAGUUGCAAAUUUGUCAAACAAAUCUCCACGUAUAUCGAGUGAUGAACGAGAAGAGACCGAGCUGGAUGCGCAAGAAAUAUUUCGCCGUCAUUUCGAGGCACAAUUUCAACCAUUACCUAUCAUUCCGAAACCGAAGACUGUAGUAGAGGAACUCGAUGAUGAACAAGACGAGCAGUCUGACUGGGAUGGAAUCUCUGAUGGUGAUGAAAACGUGGUACAGGUGGUAGAGCAUACAGAUACGCAGUUGCGGAUAUCAGCCAUGUCGAAAGAAGAGCUCAAAGCAUUCAUGACUUCUAAACCUCCUUCCAGCAAUCCAGGACAGUCUCUAAUACGAGAUAAACCCGGUUUGGUCGAAGACGACGAUCCGUCCGAAGCAGCCAACCUGAAGAAAGACCUCGCAUUGCAACGGCUGCUUGCAGAGUCCCACCUCCUCGAAUCCUCAAAGAACCCAACACUCAACGGAACUAAUCGCCAUAAAGCAACCGAAUUACGCUUACAAGCAUUGGGAUCGAAAAUGUCUAUUUUGAAGCAAGAGAAAAUGCCAAUGUCCCACAGAAGAGGAAUCAUUGCGAAGCAGACCGAAAAAGAAGAGAAGAGACGGAGAGAAGCGAGGGAGAAUGGGAUCAUUUUGGAGAAGGCAAAGAUGAAGAAGAACACUGAUGGCAAGAGGGACAGAGGGGUUGGAGGACCUGGCAUUGGGAAAUUCUCUGGUGGUACAUUGAACUUAAGCAAGAAGGAUAUCUUUAACAUCGAAGGCCCAAGGAGAAGCUCGAGCACACGCGGCGGAAGGGGAGGCGGACGGGGUAGAGGCAAGCGUGGUCGGUGA